CUAAUAUUCUAUAGCAUAUGUUAACGUCUUUUCAACUGAGGUGAAAAAUAAGAAAACACUUUGCUGCCUGGUUAGGAAACUUUAUCUACAUGAACUCCCAAGGCUGGCUAGAAUUUAAUGAUAGAAUCAGAGGAAUAUCAUUGUGGUGAAAAUAAACUGCAGAAGCAGAACUAAACAAAGAUCCAGUGUUAAGCCAUUCCAAUCCAAUAGCUGAGUUGUUAUUUAAACUAAUGAAACUGUCCAAACAGUGAACAAGAUAGCUCCCCAGAAGAACCAGUUAACAUGAACACUAUUGACAAUGGGAUAAACAGCAUAUGUGCUAUAUGUGCUGACAGAGCUACAGGCAAACACUAUGGUGCAUCAAGUUGUGAUGGGUGCAAGGGGUUUUUCAGACGAAGUAUCAGAAAAAGUCAUGUUUAUUCUUGCAGAUUUAGUAGACAAUGCAUUGUUGAUAAGGACAAACGAAACCAAUGUAGAUAUUGUCGGCUAAAAAAAUGCUUCAGAGCUGGAAUGAAAAAAGAAGCUGUACAAAAUGAAAGAGACCGGAUAAGCACAAGAAGGAACACAUUUGAAGGAAACAGUGUUACCUCUAUUAAUACCUUGUCACAAGCAGAAGUUCUUUCUCGUCAGAUCACUGCCUCAAGUCCUGUUACAAAUACUGACAUAAAUACUAAGAAAAUUGCCAGCAUUAGUGAUGUCUGUGAAUCUAUGAAGCAGCAACUGUUGGUCUUGGUGGAGUGGGCAAAAUACAUUCCAGCCUUUUGUGAGCUAUCUUUGGAUGAUCAGGUUGCUUUAUUGAGGGCACAUGCCGGAGAACAUCUUCUUCUUGGACUUGUCAAAAGAUCUAUGAUUUUAAAAGACAUUUUACUUUUAGGUAACAAUUAUGUAAUCCAUCGUAAUAGCUCAGAAAUAGAAAUCAGUCGAGUGGCCAACAGAAUUUUAGAUGAACUCGUUCAGCCUUUUCAAGAGCUUCAAAUUGAUGACAAUGAAUAUGCUUGCUUAAAGGCAAUUGUAUUUUUUGACCCAGAUGCAAAAGGAUUGAAUAAUCCACAGAAGAUUAAACACAUGCGCUUCCAAGUACAGAUCAGUUUAGAAGAUUACAUUAAUGACAGACAGUACGAUUCUAGAGGAAGAUUUGGGGAACUUCUACUGCUAUUACCUACACUCCAGAGUAUAACAUGGCAAAUGAUUGAACAAGUUCACUUUGUGAAAUUAUUUGGGAUGAUUAAAAUUGACAAUCUUCUGCAAGAAAUGUUACUAGGAGGUUUAUCAAAUGAUACCAGCCAUAUCCAUCAUACAAUGCAUCCUCAUUUAGUUCAAGAUCCAUUAUUAGGACAAACUCUGUUAAUAAGCUCCAUAGGUUCCAUGUCUUCCUCACUACAUUCAGAUCAGAUUGUGACUCCAGAGACACCUCUCCCUUCACCACCUCAAGGAUCUGGACAGGAACAAUAUAAAAUAUCCACAAACCAUGCUACAGUAAUUACACAUCAGUCUAUGCCGAAACAAAAAUCAUUGUGAAAUGAUUUAGUAAACGUAUCCAUUAAAGGCUAGAUCACAUGAUAGUUGUAAAUUUAGUAACCGACAAAGGAGUCAAUUCCAAAAAUCCCCCAUAGACUUUAUAGGGACAUUAACACCACAUGUUUUGUUUCAUGAUUCAGAUAGACACAAUCUUAAACAACUUUUCAAUUUACUUCUAUUAUCUCAUUUACUUUAUUCUAUUUCUAUCCCUUGUUAAAGAAGCAGCAAUGGGAGCAAGCUGAAUUCAUUGGGGCAUAUUUUAUAAGGUGCGAGCGGACAUGAUCCAAUAUUGCGGAUCAUGUCCGCUGCACAUCGAUAAAUGCUGACUUUAGACCGCUGCUUCAUAACUUUUGUUUCUGGCGAGCCUGAAGGCUCGCCAGAAACACAGGGCUUCAAGCUCCGUAAGGAGCUUGAUAAAUAUGCCCCAUAGGGUCAGCCAAUAACAUAAGGCAUAUAUGUGCAGCCACCAAACAGCAGCUCCUGAGUCUACCUAGGUAUCAUUUUCAAAAAAGGAGUUCAAGAGAAUAAAACAAAAUUAGAUAAUAGAAGAUACUAAGAUAAUUAGAUAAUAGAAGUAAAUUGGAAAGUUGUUUAAAAUCACAUGUUCUAUCUGAAUCAUGAGAGAAAAUAAUUGGGUUUCAUGUUCCU